AUCAUCCGGUCCAGCCGUGGGUGGUUAGCCUUCCCUAUUUACCUUCCCCUGCGCCGAGAUUACUGCCGUGCCAUCUCGUCGAGGACUGCCUACAUGGACGCUAUUAUUGGUGUUUUCGGGGGGUAACGCAUGCCGAUGUGCGUCUUUGUGAGCGUGGGAUUGAGACGGCUCGGAUAGCGGGGAUAUCCCCCAGUCUGUUCGGCCAAACAAGAGACCGAUCGUCGUUUUUUUCCUCCUCUUUUUUUUCCAGGCUAAAGCUAGCGGGUGGGGGUGGAUUUCUAUCUGUACGGCCUUAGGAGAGCAUUUAAAAAUAUAACGCCGCGGGAGCAACGAAAUGUGGCUCGACGAUGGCAAGCCAAAGAGGCAGAUGCGAUGAGGGAGGGCUUCUCGGAAGAGGAGAGGUGUCGCUGGACAAGUUUCGGCCGGGUGCAAAGUAGUUGAGCUAAAGCGGAGCUAGUCGGUUAGCUCGAUCGAUCGAGGAAGUUGACGAGCCAGCCUGCUAACACGGCGACAAAUGUUUUAUUGGACCAAGGGUCGCCUCAAAAGUCUCGUUAUUCUUUUUAAACUUUUGAAAGCGGGAGUUCACUAAAUUGCAAAAUCGCUGCUGUUUGUUAAUCGGAAUCAUCUAAUCGGUUUCCCGUUAGCUUCAAAGUGAGAGCCGAUUGUAAACAAAGGGUCCCGGACUCCACCUGUCCACAGCGGAGACCCCUCCACCGGUCUCACCGUCCCACGGACAAAGGGUUAAUAUCUUAUUUAACCGUGUCGGCGACUCUCAGAGAUGGAUUUAAAGACGGCGGUGUUCAACGCGGCCAGGGACGGGAAGCUCCGGCUGCUCCAGAAACUGCUGGAGAACAAAGAUGGACACGAGGUGACCAAGCUAAUGGGCGAGAAGACCAACGGAGCCACCCCGCUCCUCAUGGCUGCCCGCUACGGACACCUGGACCUGGUGGAGUACCUGCUGGAGUGCUGCAGCGCUCCGGUUGAGGUCGGAGGGUCGGUGAACUUUGACGGGGAGACCAUCGAGGGGGCGCCCCCUUUGUGGGCGGCCUCCGCGGCGGGACACCUAAAGGUGGUCCAGUCCCUGCUGGGCCACGGGGCUUCGGUCAACAGCACCACGCUGACCAACUCCACUCCCCUCCGGGCGGCCUGCUUCGACGGCCACUUGGACAUUGUCAAGUACCUGGUGGAGCACAAAGCUGACCUGGAAGUGGCCAACAGACACGGGCACACGUGUCUCAUGAUUUCCUGCUACAAGGGGCACAAGGAGAUCGCGCAGUACCUGCUGGAGAAAGGCGCCGAUGUCAACAGGAAGAGUGUGAAAGGAAACACGGCGCUUCACGACUGUGCCGAGUCGGGCAGCUUGGAGAUCAUGCGGAUGCUGCUGCAGUUCGGAGCGUCCAUGGAGCAGGACGGAUACGGGAUGACGCCGCUGCUCUCGGCCAGCGUCACCGGCCACACAAACAUCGUAGACUACCUAACGACGCACCAGCAGACGAGUCACAUGGAACGCAUUGAUGCCCUGGAGCUGUUGGGAGCCACGUUUGUCGAUAAGAAAAGAGAUUUGCUUGGGGCUUUAAAAUAUUGGAAGAGAGCCAUGGACCUGCGGUACACAGACAGCAACAACGUCGUCCAGAAACCAGAACCCAAACAGCUGAUCAUGGCAUACGACUAUGCCAGGGAGGUGACAAACGCAGAAGAACUGGACGGGCUGAUAUCUGACCCAGAUGAGAUGCGCAUGCAGGCUCUGCUCAUCCGAGAGAGAAUCCUCGGCCCGCAGCACCCCGACACGUCCUACUACAUCCGGUAUCGAGGGGCCGUCUACGCCGACUCUGGAAACUUUGAGCGCUGCAUCAAUCUGUGGAAGUACGCUCUGGACAUGCAGCAGAGCAACCUGGACCCUCUCAGCCCCAUGACGGCCUCCAGCCUCUUGUCGUUCGCGGAGCUCUUCUCUUUCAUGCUCCAGGACCGGGCCAAGGGGCUCCUGGGGACAUCGGUGUCAUUUGAGGACCUGAUGGGAAUCCUAUCCAAGAGUGUGUUGGAAAUUGAGCGAGCGGUCAAACCACACGGACCAAUGCCUCCUGACCCCACUCAGCUCAGCAAGGCCCUCUCAAUAAUCCUGCACCUCAUUUGUCUGUUGGAGAAGGUGCCGUGUACCGCCGAGCAGGACCACUUCAAGAAGGAAACCAUCUACAGGUUCCUGAAGCUCCAUCCGUGUGGUAAGAACGGCUACAGCCCGCUGCACCUGGCCGUCGACCGCAACACCACCUGUGUGGGCCGCUAUCCUGUCUGCAAGUUCCCCUCCCUCACUGUUGCGUCGAUUCUCCUGGAGUGUGGCGCAGAUGUUAACAGUAGAGAUGAAGACAAUAACAGUCCCCUGCACAUAGCGGCGUCCAACGGACACCCCGACAUCAUGAACCUGCUGAUCUCCUGCGGGAGCCACUUCGACAGCACCAACGCCUUCAAGCAGACGGCCUGCGACAUGCUGGACGAGAAGGAGCUGGCCAGGAACGUCAUCCAGCCCAUCAACCACACUACUCUGCAGUGCCUGGCCGCCAGGGCCAUCAUCAAGCACAGCCUCGACUACCGGGGAAACAUCCCCGAGAAACUGGAGGCCUUCGUCCUGCUCCACAGAUAAUGACCGGGAAGGAGCAGAGGAGACUGCCGGGUGGGGGUGAAAGGAAGGAGAAAAAAAACGUGUGGGAAGAGUGGAUGUGUGUAAUUGCACAUUAUAGAUAAACACCUGGCGCAGAAAAUCUUUUUAAAGACUAAAGAGACAAUUAUGUGGGCUUAUUUGCAAAUCAAUAUACUUGGAGAUUCGUGUGCACAGAAACUGUCCUGGAUGGACUGAAACCUGGUCGGAUUCAGAGGAGUCGGAAUUUUUUUUUUCCUCCUCUGUGGAAAAACCACUGUGUGCUCUGUAUGGAUGGAUUUGGAGCCGUGGGCAACAUGGACAGUAUCACCAGAUGAACUCGGCAAAAGGGUUUACGAAUUUUUUUUAUUUUAUUUUUUUUUUUGAUCGAGAGGAGGAAAAAAAAAAACUUUUUGCAUAUUCCACAUUGCUAUUUAUUAAAUGAAACUUGAGAGAUUUUUCUCCAUGCUGGCUCCGGCCCAGUCUCAAUAUUGCCUGCUUCGCUCUCCUCAAAGCAAGAGUUGAGGCACCUCUAUACAUGCUGGGACUUCAGGUUAUACCUUUUUUUUUUUUUUUUUUUGUGGUUAUCCCAUCACUGUUGCCAACAGUCAUGGACCCUUCCUCAGUCAUGAAUUGGUUGAUUUUUUUUUUUUUUUUUUUUUUUUUUUUUACUUUUACAGAAACAUGUAGUUUAUUUUUGUCAUGCAAAUCUGAAUAUCUGCCAAGUGAAGUGAUUUCUGGACUCUUUUUUUUUUUUUUUUUUUUUUUUUCCCCCCACUUUAGAGUGAAACAAAGCUUUACAAAGAAGGGUUUGAUGAGUGCGAACACCAUAAGUGCUUUAUUCUUCCUAUGCACAGGCUAGGCUGUUGGAAAAGAGAGACUGUUGUAUUCUGUGCCGGCACUUGUCUGUGCAAUAUUCUCUCAUGAGUUUUUGUGUUUACCUCAUUGCUGCCGUUUUUUUUUUCCUUCGGCAUCCACCUGCUUCAGUCCGAGAGGCCGGGGGGGAUGCAAAACUAUCUCACUGAUUGUUGACAGAGGAGCGAAUGAGUGUGUGUGAGACUGCGUGUGUGUGCAUAUGCAUCCCACACAGUGUUUGUUGUAUGCAGCGUGUGUUUUUGUUUUUUUGUUUUGUUUUUUUUUUAAUAUAUAAAGCUUACACAGAUUGAGGACAGGGGUUCAGUUUAGUGGUGCUUGUUUGGGAUUCCGUAGUAUUCGUGACUGCCACUAAACACCACGAUGGCCAAAAAGUCCACAACCACUGGGGGAGCGCAGGCUUGUACACAGAAGUGACCUCUUAACGUUCAUAUAUGGCCGACAUUUAAAUGCCACCUUCGUGAUUUUUAAAUUAGGAAAGAAAAAAACAAAAGACAGUUAGGGUAUCACCUGUGGGUCCCACUGUGCUGCUGCAGUUUAUCAGCCGGCCAAUCACUGCAGACGACUUCUCUUCACAGCGAGGGUCGGUCCCUUCAUUUCUCCAACCGGUGUCCAAUUACUCGAGAGGAAAUGAUCGGGACUGAUUAAGUAAAGCUUUGUGAAUUAUCUUGUUUGCACAUUAGCUUUUAGACGUGUGGGUUGAGAGAGAGAGAGAGAGAGAGAAAAAAAAGGGCUUUUCAUAAUUUGUUAGAAUUUCAUAUUGCAGUUUAUUUAACCUGACCGUUCACAAACAGACAGAGAAAAAUGUAUGAGGACUCCCAGGGCAACUUGGUUUGAUUCUGCACUUUACUACAGCGGAGUUUUAAGAUUUGAUAUGGCAUUAAUCAAGUUCAUGUCUUAACCAGUUUGACAAUAAAACCCAUGUUGCACU